AUGUCACUAAGAACAAAGAUCAAACACCUCAGACUCAUCACCCCUAUUCGUUCAAUCUCUCACCUCUCUUCCCACCCCCACCACCAUGACCACCUUCAAAACCACCAAUCACAAUCACCACAACAAGACCCGUACUCUCUUCUCAAAGAAGACCCAGUCCAAGUCCUAUCUGACCUCUGGGUCAAAACCUUCUCAGAACCCCACAAACCCUUCACUAACCUCACAGGUUUUCUUUCAAAAUUCGACCUUUGGGUCUUAGCUUACCAACGCACGUGCGCUCACGUGACCGGCUCUUUUCCUCCCAGAAACGCCAUUCACACCCACGUCCUUCAGGACCUUCUUUCUCUUCGAAACGGCGUAAUCCACGGCCAAUUUCAGUGGCAUAAGAAAACCCACCAGUUCAUUCACAGCCCCAACGAAAAACCCAUUCAUAGAUUGAUCUCAAAACGCAAACUUCAAUCCAUUUUAGCAUCCAAAGAGCCACCUUUUCAAGAUAGAGUGGUCCAAGAAGUUCUUUUUAUGGUUCUUGAACCCAUUUUUGAGCCCAAGUUUUCUUCAAAAUCUCAUGGUUUUCGACCCAGUAGGAAUGCUCAUACGGUUAUUCGGACCAUUCGGAGUAACUUUGCGGGGUAUUUGUGGUUCUUGAAAGGUGAUAUAAGUGAGAUCUUUGACAAUGUUGAUGAACAUGUGGUGAUGGGUUGUGUUGAAAAGGUUGUGAAGGAUAAGAAAGUGUUGGGUUUGAUCAAAUCGGCACUAAGAGGACCAGUGAAAAGUCAAUAUAAAUAUGAAGAAGAUUAUGGAAGGAAGAAGACAAAGAAGAAGGGUCAGACUAAGAAGAAGAUCUUGAAUGAGAAUGAGCCGAAGCCGGACCCAUAUUGGUUGAGGACGUUCUUUGAUUUUGCACCUGAGGAGGCUGCAAAGGUACCCACUUACGGCUAUUGUGGAAUUCUUAGUCCUUUGUUUGCUAAUUUAUGUCUUAAUGAGUUGGAUCAUAUGAUGGAAGAGAAAAUAAUUAAGUUUUUUAGGCCAUCUAAGCUUGAUUCAAUAUGGAAAUUUUCGAUUGAUGAUGGUUGUCAUAAUCCGUCUUGGCCAGAAUUUGUGCCAGCUAGUGGAAAGGAGAAAACUAGAAGAAUGGAUUAUAUCAGGUUUGGGGGUCAUUUCUUGAUUGGAAUUCGAGGGCCUAGAGAGGAUGCAGCAGAAAUUAGGAAGGAAAUAAUUGAAUUUUGCGAGGGUAAGUUUAGUUUAAGGUUAGACAAUUCGAAAGUGGAGAUUGAACACAUAACUAGAGGAAUUCAGUUCUUGGAUCAUAUAAUUUGUCGUCGGGUUAUACACCCAACUCUUCGUUACACUGGGACUGGUGGUAAAAUUGUGAGUGAAAAGGGGGUGGGGACUUUACUUUCAGUCACUGCUAGCUUACAACAAUGUAUUCGCCAGUUUAGGCGGCUUAAGUUUGUUAAGGGUGAUAGGGAUCCUGAGCCACUGCCUUGCACUCCAAUGCUGUACUCAGGUCAAGCUCAUUCGAAUGCCCAGAUGAAUAAGUUCCUUGAGACUAUGGCCGAUUGGUAUAGAUACGCAGAUAAUCGAAAGAAAAUUGUUGGAUUUUGUGCAUAUGUGAUCCGUAGCUCACUGGCUAAAUUAUAUGCUGCGAGGUAUAGACUGAAAUCUCGGGCCAAGGUGUACAGGAUAGCUUCACGUGAUCUCAGCCGUUCACUGAGGGAGCAUAGUAACAACUCUGCACCUGAAUAUUCGGAUCUGUUGAGGAUGGGAUUAGUUGAUGCUAUUGAAGGUGUUCAAUUCUCUCAUAUGUCUUUGAUUCCUUCAUGUGAUUACACUCCAUUUCCAAGGAACUGGGUACCAGAUCAUGAGCAAGUGUUGCACGAGUACAUCAGAUUACAAGACCCAAAAUUCUUUUGUGAAUUGCACAGGUCAGUUAAAAGAAAAGGUUUGAGUUUGCCUCAAGACGAGGUAUCUGGGAUUGUCUGGGACUACAAGACUCUUGGAGUGCGGAGUUAUCAGUCUAUUGGUGAUAAUGAGACGAAAAAAGCUGCUGAUAAUGUGAUAUUACCGCCUUGA